AGUCACGGUUGAACCCUCCCGCGGCGCCGACGUCACGAAAUGCGCGACCACAAACUUUCAAGUUAAAACAUGUGGACAGACGUUAGCAAUCGCGAGAGACAUAAGUAUCUGACGCAGACGAAUGGAUCUUUUAUACCGGGAUACACCGGGCACUGUCCUAUGCUAAAGUUCCGUUACGGCAAAUGCUACGGAGACAACACGCGGCAGAUACUCAGGGAGAUCAAGUCGAAUGGCCUGUUCAAUAAACCGCUGGAAUACCGCCGCGGCGACAACUACGAGCUAGACCGCAUGCCGCGCUGCGACGCGCCGCGCCGCGACGCGUACGACGGCAUCGGCCGGACGCCCGCCUACAUGACCGGCUACACUGGCUACGUUCCCGGAAUGAACUUUAGAUACGGCAAAUCAUAUGGACGAGCAGCGGACGACUGUAUAGCAGACUUCGAAGAGAACCAGCGGGCGAUGCGUCGACGAGCCGAUUUGAACCGAACCCACGCCCGCUCGCGAAGCGCGCCCAAGAUGGAAACCGUGCAUUCGCGAGACGAAAUACGGAGAGACCUGAACCGAUUUAGAGAGAUCAAUAAGUACAAAGAAAACACAAUAUCCCCCGAAUUCCCACCCAUAGCCGGCUACACGGGCCACAUCCCGCGCAUCAAAGGCUCCGAGGCCUCGCUAAGCCAGCGCUACCACUGCGCCGCCAAGCGAGGCCUAGAGCUCAUCCGCCUCGAACGAGACAAGAGGACGGAGCUCCACGAGGCAGACGGCAACAUUAAGGCGAUACUGAAGGACAAGGAUAGGAAGUUCUCGUAUUGGAACUGGGGAUAGCAUACGGGGAGGAGAAUGUUCUUUGGCAAGUGCCGGUAGACAUUCUUCUGAAUUGUGUUGAUUGUUAAGAAUUUUAAAUGUUGUUUGACAAACUGACUGGUACUUGAGACGAUUCGCUCUUUCUUAGAUAUAUUCACCUACGAAAAAAAAAGAAUAGAUUCGACGCGAUACUCGCCUUUUUCACACAGAAAAUUUUACUUUAAAUUAAUAACCACACGGCACAGACGUGCCACACGGACAAAGCAAUGCCACGUAAUAAAAGGCGACAAAUGAGAUCAACAUCAGCCUUGAGUGUUUGUCCUCUACGCAGAGUUGACAAUUAGAUUUCGGAUGAUGAAUAGAUGACAAUCGUACGUCUACAAACGCCGAACGAAAAUAAUGCAUCGAGAUGCCAGAUGUACGUAGCUAGACGAAAACUCACGAGACUAUUUCCAUACAUUAUUUAAGUUUCUAAUCAGAGAUCAUAAGAAAGUUUCGAAUUUUGUAAAAUCCGUCCACAAUAUUUCCGACACUCAAAUCCAAGGGUCGAAAACAAACAAGGUCAUCAUUUAAUUAUAUUAGUCAAAAACUGCAGAUUAAGGUGGUAUUCCACAUGUCCAAUUUCUUUGUCUAAUGUCAUUGCAUCUCACUCCCACAUCGGAUAAAGAACAAUGCAUAGGUGGAAUACCACCAUUAGGUACAGUAUUCAGUUUCGCGUACCAUUAUGUACAAGCGAGAUAACUAAUAAUGGGACGGCACGACCCCCAAUGAAUUAUGCGCGCAGUGGCGGAUUUGCUCUAAGGCCCAGCAGGCCUACGCCUAGAAGUGGGAAGAUAUUAGGGGCAGCAAGGCGGCAGUCUAUAGAUGGGUGCUGAGAAAGGGGCGACUAGUAAAUUACUACAGGGCCCGGGGCCUAGGGCGGCCAAUGCUGCAAAUCCGCCACUGUAUGCGCGCACCAAUCAGCGCAAGCGAGCGUACAAUACGUAUUAUCAAUAUCAAUACCUUAAGAGUCACACGAACCUAGCCGCCGCCAAUACAAAGGAAAUAGGUACUUAGAUCGAGUAGAAAAUAGUCUAGAACCUGCGCCCACACUGUUAAAUUGUUUUUCUACUCCUGUACUUUUAUUUGUCGUUUAAAGGGUCGUGCACACACCUUUAAAACCCUACCUUAUAGUUGUCAAGACAAGUCUUUAGUCUAUUCCCCAAAAAAACAUUUGUGCAUACACGCAGUAUCUUUUUGGCGAUUUAACGAUACUUCGUGUAAUGACCACUUAAAAAAUAUUUUUUUUUUUUCUUGGUAUGGACUUGAGGGCGGUGUUGCCCGUAGCCAACGUCAAGUAAAAGGGUAGGAAAUUAAACGCGGAAAGGAAUAAAGGAACGCAAUUUGGAAAAAGUGGUCAGGUCAGGUAUAAGAAUACAACGUGAUACAUAUACUUGAUAUUAUAAAGACUAUACUUUUAUAUUAUUAUGAAAGAUGAAGCAUGCUAUGAUGUUAUAUAAAUCAUGAUUAAUAAGCAAGGAAGGGAUGUCAGUUGGAAAGGGAAUAUGUUUAGAUUGUAAAGUUUCCAUGAAAACAGUGCGAUCGUAUAAGGGACAAGAAAAUAAUUUUUUGGUUAAUGUCAGCCACCUCAGCACCACAGUCACAUUUAGGAUCAUCAAUAAAUUUAAAUCUAGCAAGAUCAGAAGGAGCACUUGUAUGGCCCAGUCUCAUGCGUGUUAAGCAUGAUAUUUCGCGUCUAUUAAAGUUUUUAUUGUAAAACCACGGCUUUAUAGGGAUAUCAUUUUGAAUCUUAAGAUAAUAAUUUCCAGAUUCCAGGCUGCUCCAAAACCAAAAGAACUCCCAGGCUAACCUGAGAUAUCUUUUGGGGAGCAACAGAAGAUCAUGACAAUAAUUUUUAUAUGGAAAGAUAUCACCAGAAGCAACAGCAUCUACGGCCAGACGAUCAGCUUUCUCAUUUCCGGAAAUUCCACAAUGACUUGGCACCCAUACAAAAUUUAUAGUAAGCCCUUUCUUUUCGCAUUUUAACAA